AUGAUGCGUACGCUCGUGACGGCGCUUGCCGCCUGCUCAGUGGCCAGCAGCGCGCUCGUACCUCGCGACCUGUCUGCCGAGAUCGCAACUCUCGGGCAAUUCAACUGGACGCUUAUCGAGAGCGAGUUCAUUAAAGCUGGCAAUCGGAGCACCAUUACCGGCCCGCCGCCGGCAGUCGUGCUAUCAGCAGGUUCGGUGGCCGCGGUUCCAAUCGCCGGCUUCCCUAACUCGUUCGACUUUGGCAACUACGCCACCAACGCUCCUUUCGAUUGCCUCGCGAAAAAUUCCCAUAUGGGCUGCUUCGUAUACCUCAGCGGCCAAUUCAACCCCGAAAACUGCGCUGAGGCCUGCAGAAACGCGACUGCGAACGGAGAACCGUGCCGCUUCUUCAACACCUACAUGCUCCAGAAGGGCGCCGACGACUUCGCGCAGUACUGCUCUCUGUACGCACAAGUUUGGGGCCCAGCUUAUGCGACCAACAAUGGUCAAUAUGACCCGAACGGGAAUUUCUUUGGCAUAUAUGGCAGUGUAGGGUAUUACAACGCGUCAGACCUAGGAGGGGACUGCAUCGAUGGUACCAUCACCACCACCAGCGCGAUGUAA